GGUUGAGUAGUAACUGCUCACCAUGGAUGUUGUAUCAUAAYUGGGAUAUAUAAGAUUCAAGGACAUCUCUUGACUAGAAAAURAUAAUAACCACAAGACAAAACAUGAGUGUAGAAUAUACAAUAACCAGUUUAUGUCUCUAGUUGGGUUGAAAGUGAUCAUUGUCAGAUAUGGUACAUGUAUAAUGUUUUGUAUCAAAACUCAUAGGAAAUCGAUUUAUUUUGAAAUUCAAAAUCAUCAGUUAUGUCUUCAUUAGAAAGAAAGACAUUUAAGAGAAGAUCUCGUAGUUUUCGUGAAUUAGUUUACUUGGAACAGCUACAAGCAUAUACAGCAUGGGUCAAUUCACAACUCAAGAAACGUCCUGGAAGUCGUUUUGUUCAAGAUCUCCCAAGAGAUUUGAAAGAUGGAGUAGCACUUAUUCAACUUAUAGAGGUUGUAGCUGGUGAAAAACUUAAAGUACAUGAAAACCCAAAGUCACUGUCUGAUAUGAAAGAGAAUGUUGAUCAGGUGUUGCAGUUUAUGGCUGCAAAUAACAUCAAAAUGCACCACACUUCAGCCAAAGAAAUCCUUGAAGGCAACCUUAAGUCCACAAUGAGACUAAUACUUUCCUUGGCGGCACAUUUCAAGCCAGGAAGCGUAAAGCAGUCAGCCCAGUAUCCACCAGGGUCUUUAACUGUGGCUGGCAAAAGAAUUGCAAGGACCCCAUCAGCRGCUGCAGCUGCAUCGGAAGCUGCUGCUGCUAUUGCUGAAGCAAGCCGAGCUGCUGCAAGUGUUGGUCGACACAUAACAUCACGAUACAGAAAACAUCAUGAUCCACCUAGCACCCCACCCAGGUCCCCAAUGAGAGUUUCUGAUGGCACCCCCAUGUUGCCUGCUGGCUCACCACUUGUCAGCACUCCUAAGACAAGUAGUCAAUCAAGCAAAGAGGGUCGUAAAUCAGGAAGAUCAACACCAGGCAGUGGGUCUGCAACACCAAAAGGACAUCUCUUCCAUGAGCAACAUGAUGGAUCUGAACACUCUGGGUCUGAUGUUGAUUCAGGUUUGAUGUGCUUAAGAAAGAAAUCAAAGGAAACUAAGAUGUCAGUCUUGACAAGUGAAUUUCUAGAUGAGUUAACAUUGGAGCAAGAUGCUUUGGUUGGAGAUUUGGUAGAAACCAAAAGUGUACUAUUAAACCUACAGAAAUUGUUAAUGGAUGGCAGAGUAGAAGAUGAUGAAGUACCAGAAGAAUACAGUUAUCUUGAAGGAACUGAUUUAAAAGAACAAUUAACAAUUGUCAAUGCAAGACUAAAUCAAAUGAGUGCAGAGUAUGAUGUACUGAAAACAGAACGAAAUAACUUCAAAGAAGAAUCAAUUAAUCUUCAAGGUGUGAAAUCUGGACUAACAUCGCGUCUCACACAACAAGAAGAAACCAUCAUGCAUUUAAAAUCUGAACUUUUAAAGUCAAGUUUUAUGCAACAGAAUAGAAAUGCUGAAAUUGUGGAAUUGCAACGAAAAUUGGAUGAGAGGGAUAAAGAAGUAGCAACUUUGCGAGCUGAACUUUUACGACAGGAAAGAACUAUUGAUAGAAAGAGAGCUGAGUUGGAAGACACACUGAGGGACAUGGAACAUAUGAAAUAUGCUGAGGCUGCAUCAAGCAGGCAUUACCAAGAUAAAGAUUUACAAAUACAUGAAUUACGACAGAGAAUAGUAGACCUACAGGAAAAGCUACAGUCAGUAGCUGUUCAAGAGGCUGAUAUUUCAUCAAGAAUCUACAAUCAAGAUCAAAGAAUGAAGUCAUUUGAGGAAAAGAUUCUAGACGACAAUACACCAAAAGCUGAAGAAGUAGAAAUGGUACGUGAGACUAUCAAGAAUUUAAGGGAAUGUUUCAGAGCUAACGACCCACAGCAACAUACUUUAGAUGCUUUAGAGCAGACUUUUUCCAGCCUGGUAGUAAGACAACCACAAUCUGGUAAUACAAGUACAGACAGACAGGUAUCCAUGAUGAAUGGUGUAGAAUACAAUAAUGACUURGGAUAUGUGCGACCUGUUCACACAAGUAAUAGUCGUGCAAGAAUGGUACAAAGUGAUAAUACURGAUCAUCCACUAAGAUACUUUACUUCACUGAACAGACAAUAACACCGUUCCUAGCCACAAUACCUAAAAGACUGGGAAAUAUAACACUUCAGGAUUUCAAGACUGUUUUUAACCAGCCAGGACCAUACAGAUAUCAUUUUAAAGCUUUAGACCCUGAAUUUGGUACUGUCAAAGAAGAGGUAAUUGAUGAUCAAGAUAUCCUGCCUGGUUGGGAGGGUAAAAUAGUUGCCUGGGUUGAGGAAGACCGAGGAUUGAUGGCACUCAAUCACCAUGACAACAUGGACUAUGAUGUAAACAUGAAUGUACAUUGAUAUUGUGUUAUGAAUAUUUAAGCAAAUGAAUUAUAUAUGUAUAUUGUUUAUUUUCACUAUUUUAGAUGGCUGUAAACCAUUUUUAUAACUAUUUUAGUUUGCUGUUAUAACUUAUAACUCAUGCCAGAGUUGACACACUUAAACCUUGAAACUUAAAUAGUACAAAAUAGUUAAUUUUGUAUUAAUUAGUUCUAUUUGUUUCAUGGUUUUAGUGUGUCCACUCUACUUUAAAUUAUUUUUCAAAUCAAUAACAUGUAUGAAUUAGCAUGUGUGGUAGAUUGGAUUAGAAAUCUGCCAUAAUCAACAGCUUCUUGUGUGAUGAAAGUAACUAUUGGAAAAUACUUUAAAAUACCAUCUUUGUUCAACUGAAAAUGGAUUUAAUUUGACCAUAAAAGGGUUGAKAGUCUACUUAAACAAUAGAGUAGUUGAAUCAAGCACAUAAUGCUGUGAUAAUUGCCUGCAGAAACUGGAUGUUCAUAGGAACAGUCAUUACUAUCAAGUAUCCAAGGGCAAAUAUCACAGAAUAAUGCGAUUCAAAUUGCUCUACUGUUUUUACACUCAACAACAAAAUUUUCUGAAGCAGUGAACUCUAUGCACUGAUAAUAGCCCUAUCAAGUUGUAUCUACUAUCAUGUUGCAUGGUCAUCUCUCCACCAAUGCGGGCAGAGGAAAAUUUGGUUUUGAAUUAUAAUAAUAGUUGUUGAUACACUCAGGAUUUAGCAAUAACUCAAUAAUCAUUUUCUUUUCUUGGUGAAAUGAAAAUGACUCCACUGAACGAGUCUUAGAUUUAACAGAUCUGCUCCAUUGUAGUAAUUAUGAAUGUUUCAUGGAUAAUAUGUAUCUAAGAAAUAAAUGCUAACUUCAAAGAACUCARAAAUCCUACUACUGGAUAGAUAAUAUAGUGCCUACCCCUCUCCCUUUGCAGAUGAGUAUUGUGAAUAGAGAUAGGGCCUAUUGUUUAACAAACAUAAGACGAAAAUUAUGGCUUAUGCUGAAUUAGUAGCUCUGCUCUUAAACUAUGUCCAGAUUAUAUGUUGCAGAAAUAAAAGAAACAAUAAACCAG